CCUCCCUGUCUCCUGGCUGCGCCCGGGCCGAGCGCCCCCUCCUCUCUUCCCCUCCUCCCUGCGUACCCCGCCCGUGAUUGCAACGCGAACCCCUCCCUGCUGCGCGGGUCUGGGGGACUCGGCCGCCCCCGCCCCAACUGGGAGGCGGCGGCGGCCACCAUAGCCUGCAGUGGGGACCGAGAUCCGAGGCCCGGUGGCGGCCCUGCGUCUGGACCCGGCACGCGGGGUCUGUGCCUCUGCGCCCCCAGCCCAGGGCCGCGGUGCCUUGCCUUGCCGAGGGCUAGAGGAGCCUCCCCAGGCCCUGGCUGUUGGUGACCAGAGCCGUCCUGAUCCCGCAGGCCGGGCCGGGCCCAUCAGCGGCCCCCCAUGAGCGCGCCCGGCUGACCGGUGAGGCGGCCGCGGUGGAGCCGGCGUGCCCAGAGGGCGGCGGGGCCAUGGCCUCGCUGGACCUACCUUACAGAUGCCCACGAUGCGGGGAGCAUAAGCGCUUCCGGAGUCUGUCGUCGCUGCGCGCGCACCUGGAAUACAGCCACACCUACGAGACGCUCUACAUUCUCUCCAAGACGAACAGUAUCUGCGACGGCGCGGCCGCUGCAGCUGCAGCUGCUGCAGCAGCCUCCGGUUUCCCGCUGGCACCAGAGCCCGCUGCCCUGCUGGCGGUGCCCGGAGCCCGGCGCGAGGUCUUCGAGAGCACGUCCUUCCAGGGCAAGGAGCAGGCGGCAGGAUCGGCGCCCGCGGGGCCACAUCUGCUGCACCAUCAUCACCACCACGCACCGCUGGCUCACUUCCCCAGCGACCUGGUGCCCGCCAGCCUUCCCUGUGAGGAGCUGGCCGAGCCAGGACUAGUGCCUGCCGCGCGCUAUGCGCUACGCGAGAUCGAAAUUCCACUCGGUGAGCUGUUCGCGCGCAAGUCCGUGGCAUCCUCGGCCUGUUCGACGCCGCCACCCGGGCCCGGCCCUGGUCCUUGUUCCGGGCCCGCCUCCGCAUCACCGGCGUCGCCAUCGCCUGCCGAUGUAGCCUACGAAGAAGGCUUGGCACGCCUCAAAAUCCGCGCGCUGGAGAAGCUGGAGGUGGACCGGAGACUGGAGCGGCUGAGCGAGGAGGUGGAGCAGAAGAUCGCAGGCCAGGUGGGCCGGCUACAGGCCGAGCUGGAGCGCAAGGCCGCGGAGUUGGAGACUGCGCGACAGGAGAGUGCUCGGCUGGGACGCGAAAAGGAGGAGCUGGAGGAGCGCGCGUCUGAGCUCUCGCGCCAGGUGGACGUGAGCGUGGAGCUGCUGGCCUCGCUUAAGCAGGACCUGGUGCAUAAGGAACAGGAGCUGAGCCGCAAGCAGCAGGAGGUGGUGCAGAUUGACCAGUUCCUGAAGGAGACAGCAGCUCGGGAGGCCAGUGCCAAGCUGCGGCUGCAACAGUUCAUUGAGGAGCUCCUGGAGCGCGCAGACAGGGCUGAGCGGCAGCUGCAGGUCAUCAGCAGCAGCUGUGGCAGCACACCCAGUGCCAGCCUGGGCCGAGGAGGUGGGGGCAGCGCCUCAGGGCCUGGGGCGAGAGGCCCAGGCAGAACGCGAGAACACCAUGCAGGCCCAGCUGUGCCAAGCACAUACGCUGUAUCUCGGCAUGGCUCCUCUCCCAGCACAGGGGCCUCCAGCCGUGUGCCAGCUGCAUCCCAGAGCUCAGGCUGCUAUGACAGUGACAGUCUGGAGCUGCCCCGGACAGAGGAAGGGCCCUCGGAGGACAGUGGCCCUGGGGGCUUGGGUUCACGGGCCCAGGCUACCAACGGUGGUUCAGAGCGGUCCCAGCCCCCUCGUAGUUCAGGCCUGCGACGACAGGCCAUCCAGAACUGGCAGCGCCGACCGCGCCGUCACAGCACCGAGGGGGAGGAGGGUGACGUCUCAGAUGUGGGCUCCCGAACCACUGAGUCAGAGGCUGAGGGCCCCUCCGAUGUUCCACGCCCUGGACCAUCUCUGGCUGGGCCCUUGAACAGCUGCCGGCUCUCAGCCCGCCCUGAGGGAGGCAGCGGACGGGCCCGGCGUGUGGAGAGAGGUAGCCCCUCACGCUCCAAUGAGGUCAUCAGCCCAGAAAUCCUCAAGAUGCGUGCUGCCCUCUUCUGUAUCUUCACCUACCUGGAUACCCGUACCCUGCUGCAUGCUGCAGAGGUCUGCCGGGACUGGCGCUUCGUGGCUCGCCAUCCCGCCGUCUGGACGAGGGUGCUGCUUGAGAACGCCCGAGUCUGUUCCAAGUUCCUGGCGAUGUUGGCUCAGUGGUGCACCCAGGCCCACUCAUUAACGUUACAGAACCUGAAGCCCCGACAGCGGGGAAAGAAGGAAAGCAAGGAGGAAUAUGCCCGCAGCACCCGGGGCUGUCUUGAAGCGGGACUGGAGUCCCUGCUGAAGGCAGCCGGUGGGAAUCUGCUGAUCCUGCGCAUCUCCCACUGUCCCAACAUCCUCACCGACCGGUCACUCUGGCUGGCCAGCUGCUACUGCCGUGCCCUGCAGGCUGUCACCUACAGGAGUGCCACAGACCCUGUGGGCCAUGAGGUGAUCUGGGCCCUGGGUGCAGGCUGCAGAGAGAUUGUCUCCCUCCAGGUGGCGCCACUUCAUCCCUGCCAACAGCCCACUCGGUUCAGCAACCGUUGCCUGCAGAUGAUUGGACGUUGUUGGCCCCACCUCCGGGCCCUGGGUGUAGGUGGUGCCGGCUGUGGGGUACAGGGCCUGGCAUCACUCGCAAGAAACUGCAUGCGGCUACAGGUCCUAGAACUGGACCACGUGUCAGAGAUUACCCAGGAGGUGGCGGCUGAGGUGUGCCGGGAAGGCCUGAAGGGACUGGAGAUGCUGGUGCUCACAGCCACCCCUGUCACCCCUAAGGCCCUGCUACAUUUUAACAGCAUCUGCCGGAACCUCAAAUCCAUUGUGGUGCAGAUUGGGAUUGCUGAUUACUUCAAAGAACCCAGCAGCCCCGAGGCCCAGAAGCUGUUUGAGGAUAUGGUAACAAAACUCCAGGCUCUACGAAGGAGGCCUGGCUUCUCCAAGAUUCUGCACGUCAAGGUGGAAGGUGGCUGCUAACCCGGGUGAGGGGCUGCAGGGCCCCUGCCAGCCCCACACCAAGGCACUCUUUGGACCUCUGGAGGGGCCCUGGCUUGGACUAGACCUUGGGAGGUCUAGUGUCACACCAGGUUCCAGACAGCGGUUGAGUACCCCAUCCAAUUCAAACAGCAAAGUGACAGGUGACCAGCACCGCCUCCCCAGGGAAAGGCUUGGACAGAAGCUGCCCCGAGACCCCCAUGACAUCCCCAGCUGGAGCAGCCUUCUGGCACAGCCAGCAGGGAGCUCCUGGUUGUCACCACCACUCAGAGGAUCUGCAGUAUCCACCCAGCAGCUCCUCAGCUGCUCAGGCAGGUCUCCUUCCUGAGGCCAGCGGAGCUCUUGUCAGGCCACGGGCCAGAAGGAGCUUAAGGCAGCUCAGACAUGGCUAAGAAGACACUUGGUCACUCCCUUCAGACAGCAGGACCAGGUCCACAUUCUCCAGUGAUAACCCAGGCAAGCCUAGGAACCCAGGUAGAAGGUUAGAGGAAAGUCGGGGCAGGGCCAUAGGGAUGAGUUUGAAAGGGUAAAAAAAAAUGUCUACAACUCCCCAGGAUGAGGCCCACAUCUUCCUGGCAGGUAAAGGACUGGCCAGCUGGAGGAGACUACUGUUAAGACAGAGUUCUCAUUAACACACCCAGAACUAAGUUUAAAGCAGUCCCUAUACCUACCACUCCCUGCUGAGGGACCACAGAGGGAGGAAGGGGGCUUGGGCCCCCUGCUGGGCUGGGGCUUAAGGGGGAAAGGAGGCCUGAUUUAUCUAACAGCUUACUUCAGGCCAGAAGUGAGGCACUGGUGCCAAGGCAGAGGAAAGAAUUUCCACAGUCCAUCUUCCUGAGUCUUUACAGCCCUGGGCCGAGACUACAGAGUACUUGGGGCAGGGUGUCCCAGCCCUUGCACCAUACCCAGAAGUCUUGGAGCAUCCCCAAGCGAGUUCCUCCUCUCACGGUGACCGAGGCUUGAGUCUUGGCAACCCUCAUUUGGGCAAAUCUUUCAAGUAACAGAUGCCUGACCUCUUGUCCAAAUCUUAGGGUUUUCUUUGCUCCUGUACAAGGUUGGAUCCUCUGGUCAGCUUUCUACAGCCGUGCCACAAGCUGGCCUGAGCAUGAACCCUGCCGUGGGUUGCCGCCUACCAAGUCCCUUCCAUUGCUGUACACCCUCCUGCUCAGUGCUCCCAGAUCUCACAGCUCUGCCUGUUUGUCAUCAUCACUGAGCUGUGGCUUGUUCUGUUGCUGUUCUGUGAAGACUGGAAUGCCAAGGCUGUCAUGCUGGAUACUCCAUGCCUAGUCCUGCAUGAAACCUUGGCUGUGGUGUCUACACCCCUACCUCUCACAGCUGCCUCCCAAGCCCUGUCCCCAGGAGUCACAGGCAACAGCACAACUUUCCUGCCUUCAGUGGCUCAGAAGGGAGGGGGAGGUGCCCUUGGGGCCUAGCUGCCUUUCGUAGGUCAGUUGUUUGCCAGCUGAAUCCAUGUAGUCCCUGCUCCCUGUGACUCCAAGACCAGAGGUGCUGCCCUUCUGUCUCCUGGAUAAAGCACAAAGCGAUGUGGUAGUCAUCGGCCAAGUCUGCCCCCAGGGGCUUCCAUUCCUCAACCCCAGGAUUAGGACAUCUCCCUGGACAGGGGAGGCACUAGAGUGCCUGGUGUUGAGGGAAAUAGGUCAGGGUGCAGUCAUCAGGGUAGGAAGCAAGGUCAAGAGGAUAGUUCCAGGCUCUACUACAUCCACACCACAUCCUGACCCAUGGAGAAACAUACGCCUUUUGCUGGCACAAUUCUGCCCUCUGAAAAGCUGUUUCCAAGAAACCCCAAGAGGCCUCACCUGUGUUCUUGCUCUGAAUAAAGGUGGGUAGAGUAAAAAUUGUAGACCUUCCAACCUAAGUGACAGGUCGCUGUGUCCUGGCUGAGUCUUGGGCAUCAAAGUCUUAAGGCAUGCCUUGAGAGCCAGCAGCUCUGCCCCCCACUUGUGGUUCCUUUGCUUUCUCCCCAGGGGACCAACCCUGCUUCUGGAUGCUGUGCUUACUUCCAUCUUUAGCAGUCCAGAGUUGGGGAUGGGCGUCUGGCUUCCCGAGAAGCACCUUAGCCCAUCUUCAGGCGCCUAAAGAAGAGCCCUUUGUGUCCUAUACUUACUAAGGUACAAAAACCAUGUGAAGGAAGCACAGGUCCAUGGAGAGGGCUCCUGGGUGGCAGUCACCUGGCUUCUCUUCCACUCCUACUCCUGCCACACAGCCUGGCCCUAGCACCUGUGAGUGUAGCAUGUUUGGCCUGAGUACUUCAUGCUUAUGCAGACUGCUUCUCCCCCACAGUAUGGCAAAACUAUAAAAAUGUAUGCACUCCUGCCCAGAACUCCUGCUUUCCACCCAUCAAGAGAAAGCACCCUGAAAUCAGGGUUCUUUUGUUUUUUAAUCCUAUGACAACAGAGGCCAAGCUGGUCCCUCAAGAGUUGCCUCAACUCUAACAGGUCUCCUUCCCAAGGUCUGCUGCUCCAAGGUUUGGAUCCAUCCUUUGCCUUUCCUGUCUCCAAGCCCUUAUGUAGGAUGCUUCAGAACACAGGCAGUGAGCUGUCAACCCGUUUCUGUAAGGCGCUAUGUUGAAGGAAAACUUCCCAGAGUGACAAUUGGUGCCAAAGACAUAGUUUCUGGUGAACUUGGAAUAAGUGUGACUGGGAUAUGGCCCAGUGCCCAGAGGAGUUAACCACUGAUGAGGUCUACCCCAGCCUGUCAGCCUGAUGAACUGGCAGUCUUUCUGUCCUCGGUGGCCAUACUUUCUCAUCCAGCCUUGGCUCAGGCCAGCAUCUCUGUAUAUAAUACUGUGUAGUGUGUAUAUUUACUCCUGGACAAGGAAGCUCAGCUCUAGUCCUUGCCUGGGGACCAGGCUGAAGGUUGGGUGAAGAGCAGAAUAUUAAUUAGGCUUUCCUCAACUUUUUGGGACCUUAGUCUAAGACUGCCCGACAAUCAAGCAGGCACCCCACCAUGAGGCCAGCUCUGGGCCUCUGCCCUUACCACAGUCCUGGGGGGAGGGAGGCUUGGUCUGAACCCCCCAGUCUCUACUCAUCCUGGUGGGGGUCUCAGAGGGCACUAGUGGGACAACUGACCCCAAGGCCCUGUCUUCCCUGCACAGCCAGGCUGCACCCUGCCCCAGCACAGUAGGCAGAGGGGAGAACAGCAGCUUUUGGAUUUACUGGUUUCUAAAGUGGUGCCUGUACCUCCAGCCCUCAGGGGGCCUUCCCUGGCCCCACCUUUCUGCCCCACCCAGGCAUUGCCAUCCCAGCACUUUGCUCCAUGUCACCCAGAUGCCCUUUGCCGAAUGUAUUGAGCACAUGUAUUUAAAAGGACUCAUGGGCAUCAGAGAAUUUAUGGUUCUGUAUCCAAUAAAAGAUGAAACUGAAAAAAAUUGGUCCAUGGAAAU